AUGUCUGCCGAACUUGGCCAGGCGGAAAAGUCGUCCGCUGUGGUCGCAGCUGAAGGAGACGGAGAUGAUGCUGUUGUCGUUGUUGAAAGCAGCGCGUCCAAGAAGCGCCAGUCGCUGUCCGACAUCUUUACCAUUAUCGCAGCCGGUGCUGCUCUCAUUUCCGAUGGCUACCAGAACAACCUCAUGACAAUGUCCAACGUCCUCUUCAAAAAGGAAUAUCCUGCGCAGUACACUUCAACUGUCAGCACUCGCGUUUCCAAUUCGUUACUUGUCGGUGCCGUGUUAGGGCAGGUUACAAUUGGUCUGACGUGCGACUAUCUCGGACGCAAGACUGCAAUCGUUGCAACAACGCUCCUCAUCGUCAUCGGCGGCAUUCUGGCCACUGCCGCCCAUGGAGUUACCAUUGAUGGCAUGUUUUGGAUGUUGACUGUUGCUCGAGGCAUUGUUGGAUUUGGUGUUGGGGGCGAGUAUCCUGCUGCAAGCACAUCAUCUUCUGAAGCCGCCAACGAAAGAACUCUUGAUAAACGAGGACCAAUUUUUAUCCUCGUGACGAACCUACCUCUAUCUUUUGGGGGCCCCUUGGCUGUUUCGAUCUUCCUGAUUGUGCUCUCUGCCGCCGGUGAGAAUCAUUUGUCGACGGUGUGGCGAGUAUGCUUCGGUAUCGGCAUCCUUCUCCCGCUCUCCGUCUUCUACUUCCGUUUCAAGAUGCUCAAUUCCAAGCUCUACCGCAAGAGCGCUAUCCAGAGGAAUGUGCCUUAUGGUCUGGCUAUUCGAUACUACUGGAAGACUUUGAUUGGCACGUGUGGCGCCUGGUUCCUGUACGACUUUGUCACCUUUCCCAACGGAGUCUUUUCUGGCACCAUCCUUUCUUCCGUGGUCGACACCAAUGACACGUUACGGAGCACGGCAGAGUGGCAAUUACUGCUAGGGGCCAUUGCCCUUCCCGGUGUCUUUCUCGGCGCCUUUCUGUGUGAUCGACUGGGCAGACGCAACACCAUGAUGCUGGGCUUCAGUGGCUACUUGGUUUUUGGACUCAUUAUCGGCUGUUCUUACGACAAAAUCACUAAAAUAACACCCCUCUUUGUGGUCAUGUAUGGCGCAAUGCAAAGCAGUGGCAACAUGGGCCCUGGAGACAUGCUUGGUCUCUUGUCCGCCGAGAGUUAUGCAACAAGUGUCAGAGGCUCGUUCUAUGGCCUUUCAGCGGCCCUAGGUAAGAGCGGUGCAGCAAUUGGUACUCAAGCAUUUACUCCGAUUCAAAACAAUCUAGGUAAACGGUGGACGUUUAUUAUUGCGGCCAUCUGCGGUGUUGUGGGUGUCUUGGUCACCUACUUCUUUGUACCCAACGUGACGGGCGAGGAUCUCGCCAUACAAGACGAAAAAUUCAAGGCUUACUUGCUAGAGCAUGGAUGGAGCGGUGAGAUGGGUGUCAGUGACGAAAAGGAACAGGUUGUGGAAGAGGAUGAGGAGGUGGCCUCACCAAACGGUGGCGAAAAGGGCGUCAAGGCAUAG